CAGAUCUCGAGGACGACGAAGCGGAACCUCCGCGUCCUCUUCUGUCUUCUCUCCUUUCUGAGAAGGCUCGGAGGAUGUUGCUGCGGAGCUCAUCCACGCCCUUCCUGCGCCCCUUCUUCCUCUCCUCCUUUCCCUCGCCCACCUCCUCCCUGCAGCUCCGGCGAGCCUUCUCCGACAGCCACAUCCCCGCCCUCUCAACCCCGAGCGACGCAGGCGCCGGCGGCAUCAGCAGCAGACCCACCUCCGGCGGUGGCCUCCGCACGGAGCUCUCCUUCUCCGUGUACAACACCAUCGGCGGCGCACCGCUGGCGUCCCAGGAGGAGACCCGCCACGGCCACGACGAGCAGCACGAGGACCCGGAGCUGUUGCUGCAGGAUCAGCAGCAGGGGCAGCGCACGGCGCAGCCGGACCACCCGGAGGUGCCGCUGUUCCUGGCGAGGGGCCUCGGGAUCGACCGCAUCGCCUCCGGCUUCUUCACCGCCGGCAAGAGCACGGCCGCGGGAGGCAAGGGCGAGACGAUGGGGGGCGGCGGCGGGGCGGAGGAGCAGGCGGCGCUGCGGGAGCAGGACGAGGAGGCGGCCGCGCUGGACGCGCAGUACAAGCGGAUGGUGGACGAGCAGCCCGGCAACGCGCUGUUCCUGCGCAACUACGCGCAGUUCCUGCACGAGGUGAAGGGCGACGCGAGGAGGGCGGAGGAGUACUACUCGCGCGCCAUGCUGGCGGACCCCGGCGACGGCGAGAUCAUGUCGCAGUACGCCAAGCUGGUCUGGGAGGUGCACCGCGACCAGGAGAGGUGCCUCGGCUACUUCCGCAAGUCCGUGCAGGCCGCCCCGGAGAACAGCCAUGUCCUCGCCGCGUACGCCAGCUUCCUGUGGGAGCAGGACGCCAACGACGACGGCCUCGGGGAAGGCGAGCAAGGCACGGGCGGGACUGGAGCCCCGGAUCAGCGAGCUGCGCCUGCACAGCAGGCAGGGCAGGUGAGGGAACUGGCUUCGGCGGCCGUCUGAUCCCACAGGGGCAGCGUGGGCGUGCUAGCGAUGUAAUUUAGCCUGCAAAAUGUUUGUGCUAAUUGGCGAAUAAAUAAGGUGGCAGUUGGAGCGUUAGAAGCUGGACGGCAUGUAAACUUUAUGAUAGUCUGAUGAACAGGGAACAGAGGAUGUGUAAUUUUGCUCUAGAUGGCCCUGUCUAGGCAGCGCUUGUAAUCUAAAAAAAAAUAUGGCACACUGAACAAGGCUACCUUGCGAGAUCGUGAUCCUUA